UGAGCUAGUGGUGGUGGGUAGCAGAGGACUGUGCCUGUCUCCUCUCCUCCUCCAGAGCUGCACACGGCAAUGGAGACUCCACUGGAGAAAGCCCUGACCACAAUGGUGACCACCUUCCACAAAUAUUCAGGGAAAGAGGGCAGCAAACUGACCCUGAGUAGGAAGGAACUAAAAGAACUGAUCAAGAAGGAGCUGAGUCUCGGGGAGAAGAUGAAGGAGAGCAGCAUCGAUAACUUGAUGAAGAGUCUGGAUAAAAACAGCGACCAGGAGAUUGACUUCAAGGAGUACUCUGUGUUCCUGACCACGCUGUGCAUGGCCUACAAUGACUUCUUCCUGGAGGACAACAAAUGACAAGGGCCCCCUUCACCAGGAGCCCUUUGCCCUUGCCCUUGGCAGCUCCUCUGAAAGACCCUCUUCCCUCCCCACCUCCGGGCGGGCCCCUUUCUCCUGUUCCUCCCAGAUGAACCCCUUUCAGCACAGAAGAAAUAAAGAUU